ACGUGUAGCCAGAGCUGCUAAAGCUUAGCCGGCCGGCGGACAGAGAGACACCACCGCGAGUUGAUAGAGAGAGGACGGAGCUGCUGUUGCCCAAACAGCUGCCCUCCGAAAAAAAGGGGUUCGAUUUUGUGGUGGCCUCUUCACGCUACCGUGAACCCACGGCCGUUGGAAUCUCGCCCUGGUCUCUAGUCCUUGUCUUGCUCUCCCUCGCUCUCACUCUUUCCCUGGGUACGUACCGGAUUGGAGUCUCCAAUCUGUCAGUCCAUGUUUCGCUAUCCGUGCGUGUACAAGUGCGCGGUUUCGAGAGGGUCGCGAGAGUUGUCCGAGAGUCGUCGUCUAAGUCGCCGGUAGCGCUUGCACCGCCACCAUCAGCCAAAGACACUCACCGUCGAGAUAGUAGCACAGUUUAAGUAUAAGAGUAAUUAGUGUACAGCGCGUCAACUAUAUUAUAGUACAUCGCAGUGAUUUAAACCAAAACCAAAACCCCCCAAAAAAAAAAAGACUUGACAAGUUUUUUGUAUGCCGAGUGCCGAGUUUUACUGAUUGAAGCGGCUGCUGAACACACUUCAGCACUUCCUCUAUAUAUAUAUAUACACCAAGAAGCUUAUUCGUGGGCGUGUGUACUCGCUUUAGAGAGCGAUCCGAAAUCGAUUCCAAACGCUAUACCACCACAUUCCGGUGUUCAUUCCGUGCCGAACGCGUUUUUCGGCAGCAUCCUCCAGUCGAAAGUUGAACAUUCCUUUGAGGGAGGGGAGGUAGUGUGUGAGUAGAAGAAGCCGUGGCGAUCCGGGUGCGCAUCACCACACGUCGUCCAACAAUUUCCAUGUGAAUUUGGGCAAGAACUCACAACCGUAUACAGCAACAGUAGCCACACAUUCCAACAUCGGCGUAGCACUAGGUAGCAGUAGUAGCAUCGUGUAACGCCAACCCGUUACCAGAAGGGACCAAAACGAAUCCAAUCUCGACCGUUACUCGAGACACCACCACUACUACUACUACUACCGGGAGCUGGUACAACACACAUUACGACUGACAUCAACAAUGGGUGGAUGCGCCUCGAAGGACAAGAAGGACAGUAAGGUGGUAGAGAAUGAAACAGCGGCCGGUACGGGCGGCGGAACCGAUGCCGAUGCGGCCAACGGUGGCGAAGGGUGUGUAUCAAACUCGAUGGUAUUUUUGUCGAGCAGAAACAAAUCAGACACCAUGGUUGACGCAGCAGUUCUGGAAAAGAUGGAGGCUGGCUUCGCCAAGUUCUCUGCCUCGGACUCCAAGUCCCUGCUGAAGAAGUACUUGACCAAGGAAGUCUUCGAUGCUCUGAAGAACAAGAAGACCUCCUUCGGCUCGACUCUGCUGGACUGUGUCCAAUCUGGUUUCGAGAACCCCGAUUCCGGCGUCGGCAUCUACGCUCCGGAUGCUGAGUCGUACACCGUGUUCGCCGAUUUGUUCGACCCGAUCAUCGAGGACUACCACAAGGGCUUCAAGAAGACCGACAAGCACCCGGCCCGUGACUUCGGUGAUGUGAACGCCUUUGGCAACGUUGACCCGACCGGCGAGUACGUCGUGUCGACCCGCGUCCGUUGCGGUCGCUCGAUGGAGGGCUACCCGUUCAACCCCUGCCUGACCGAGGCCCAGUACAAGGAGAUGGAGGAGAAGGUGUCCUCCACCCUGUCCGGGCUGGAGGGUGAGCUGAAGGGCAAGUUCUUCCCGCUCACCGGCAUGGACAAGGCCGUCCAGCAGCAGCUGAUCGACGACCACUUCCUGUUCAAGGAGGGUGACCGUUUCCUGCAGGCUGCCAACGCGUGCCGCUUCUGGCCGUCCGGUCGCGGUAUCUACCACAACGACAACAAGACCUUCCUGGUCUGGUGCAACGAGGAGGACCAUCUCCGCAUCAUCUCCAUGCAGAUGGGCGGCGAUCUCGGCCAGGUGUACCGUCGUCUGGUGACCGCCGUCAACGACAUCGAGAAGCGCAUCCCGUUCUCGCACAACGACCGUCUCGGCUUCCUGACCUUCUGCCCGACCAACCUUGGCACCACCAUCCGUGCCUCGGUGCACAUCAAGGUGCCGAAGCUAGCCAAGGACUACGCGAAGCUGGAGGCUACCGCCGACAAGUACAACCUGCAGGUCCGUGGUACCCGCGGUGAGCACUCCGAGGCUGAGGGUGGCAUCUACGACAUCUCCAACAAGCGCCGCAUGGGACUGACCGAGUUCCAGGCCGUCAAGGAGAUGUACGAUGGCAUUACGGAGAUCAUCAAGGCUGAGAAGGCACUGUAAGGUGUGGGUCGUUACGUGACAACACCCCCGCCGCCCCCUUCACCAGUUCUCUACCGACGAUGAUAUACCCCCCAGCAGCACACAAACACAAACACCCGAACACGAUGACUACCAGCAACGAUGGCCGGCGGUGUGUGAUAAGGAUUUGGAUGGACAUAUGAUUCCAACCGCGCGCGCAACUGAACUCAAUACCCACUGAACAAAAGCAGCAAAAGCCCGCAGCAGUGCGCGUUCCCCUGCCUCAUUUUUUAACCCUUUAGCCCGCUCGUCUCGUCUCGUUUUGCGCCUUCCCACCUGCUCCUCCUGCCUUGGGAAGUAAUCGACCCGAUGUGCGUGAGAUUUGUGCUCUUGAUGCGUGCUCUUCGUGACCACGCAUUAAGAACGUGUGUUCGCGCAUAAAGAAGCGGCCAACCAUUCUGCGGAAGGAACUGGGACUUGCACCAAGUGUAAGGACCAAAGGGAGCCACCAACCACCACCACCACCGAGUGCACGCUUCAUCCACCACAUUCCUUGCACAGAUUUGAUGUGGAAUUGGACUGAGGUGCGUGUGCCGCGUUGUGUGUGUGUGUGUGAGCGUCCACCCAAGGAGGCGCAACGUAUUUAUUAAGACAUUUAAAAUACUUUUUCGAGACCUUACGGUGGUGCGUUAUGGAGGGAGCAAAGGAGAUGAUGAAUCAAAUAACAGCUGGCUGUUGCAAAACGGGGGACCCAUGUGAGCUCGAACUCUUCGAACAAAGCUUUUUGGGGGGAGAAAGAGCUACGCAGCAAGGGGCGCGCGGGUGUGUUAAUACACACACACAACAGCAAAAACAGCGCUGUUCUCGCACGGAGCCAACACAAGUAAAAACAACCCGCCAGCACACAUAAGAAUAUUUGAAGCGUGGAUGCUAUUAAGAGUGGUGUAUAAGAUUAAACCCAGGAGCAAACAGAAAAGAAAAAAAACACAUUUAAUGGAGUAAGCAAACAAAGUGAACUAAAAAUAAAACACAAAAACAUUAAAACUAAAAAA